ACUCAGCCGGUGCCAAACCCCAUGUUGUACUAUAUGCACCAAUCCCCAUGGUGGUUCCAUCGCUUUGAGGUUCUGUCCAAUUACUUCAUCGGGCUCAUCGUCCUUCUCUUCACCUUCCUGGAGAGACUCAUGUGCAUGGUCAACGGGACGCUGCAGAUAGUGUUCCAGGUGAGUUGACAGUAAAACUGAUUUGAGGUCAGUUUUGUUUUUCCCUAUCGUGGUUGAGACUAGGAUUUUGGAAGGGUAAUUUAUCCUAGAUCUGUGCCAAAAAUGUCUACCUCGAGUGGCUCUGACGUCACAUUGCCACCUAGUGGAUCCAUUGGGGCACUACAGUGGUUUUAUGGCAACUGCAGUCUUCAGUUUAAUAAAUCAGUCAUCAGUUAGAUGAAUGUGGUGUUAUUCAUGAGCCAACUAUAAAUACAUGAAUACAGGAAAUCAGGACUUUCUCUGCUGCUAUGAUGAACUAUUACAAAGCAGAUGAUCCUCAUCAAUCAUCAUGCUAUCUUUCUGGCAGUACCUUUGGAGGAAUCUUAUCACUCCUUCUUGUCUUUUCUCCCCAUCUACCCUCUGUGUCUCCUCCUCAACCCUCUGUCUCACCUCAUCUACCCUCUCCUCCCCCUUCUAGGUGACUCUGAUAGUGAGUGGGAACCUAAGCUUUCUCAACUGGCUGACCAUAGUUCCCAGUCUGUUUUGACGAUCGAUCUCUGGGGUUCCUGUUUUCAUCUGGCCAAGGGGCCAAGCAAGCCGUACUGCACCUCCAAGCUGAGGAGGCUGUAGGACAGACCACCAAACCCACCAAAGGUACCUCCUAAACAGCCAUGAAAUCUCCUGAAUGAGCCUAACCUCUUACCCAUCAGUGGUAGAGCCCGCACCAUAGAAAUAUAAUGAUCUAUUAUAUUUAUCUAAUUCCCUCACAACCCAAACCACUCUUUGCCUCAGCCCAGACACAUCUUUACAAAGAAAGAAAUCAAUACGGACAGGGUUAAGGUAUUGUGGGGAUUAUCCUGUAAUUCUGGCUGUUAGUGUUACAGCAGCCCUGCUAUCCUGUCUGGGUGUUUUAUGAUUGGGACUAAUGAUGGCAGGCAGAGAGAGGGAUAGGUGGUAUUAGACCAGCAUUCCACCUGGCUCAACUGAGUUGGCCUGACUGAUGUCUCUACCAGCCGUGCUGUGUGUGUCUGCGUGCGUGCGUGCAUGUUUGUGUGUGUAUGGACUCCCCCUCCCCACAUGCCUGGCUUAGCUGUGUGUUUGAGUUUACAACCCCUAAGAGUGGGCAAUGAGUGGGUCCACAUGGGCACCCUUCCCCUCUCCACCCUCUCCACUCCCGAGCAUCUCCACUCCCCAUCUCCAACACUCACACCUGGCUGUAGGCACAUCUGGAGCAGGCUAGCAGGCUAUUGGGCCUUGACAGAUGGUAGACACUCAGCACCAGACAUUACCGAUGUGCCUGACAGUUGGCCCAGAAACAUAAAGGAAGGAGUUAACGAUUUGGACAUGAUGGGAGGAGUAUGGAUUAGUGCUGGGACAGCUGAAGAGAGGGAGGAGGGAAUGGAACGAAGAGAGAGAGCUGCCUCCUCAGCCUUAGGACCACAACAUCCAAUCAGAAUAAACCAAAUUACAACACAGUCAAAACAAAACUACAUUACUUAUUGGGAAACACAAGCAAAAUGCUGUGCUAUCUGGCCUUAAAUUGACAGUACACCGUGGCAAACUAUUUGACCAUGGUUACUGAUCAAAACCUUUAGAAAAACCUUGACAAAGUACAGGCUCAGUGAGCACAGCCUUGCCAUUGAGAAGGGUAGACACAGGAAAACCUGAGUCCCUGUAGAGGAAAGGCUGUGCAACCACUACACCACAGCAGAACCCGAGACAGAGCUGCAUUUCCUGACAAAAUGUAAAAAAUAUAAAACAAUUAGUGUAAUUUCCCCAAAUAUGAAACCCUUAUUCAAGGUUUCAAAGACCUCUCUGAUGAGGAUAGGCUACCUGUCCUGUUGGGGGAGGACGCAGAGAGCUGUGGGUUGGCUGCGCACUACAUUGCUGCCUGCCAUAAGAUGAGGGACAGUGUCUGACAGACCAACCAAACUGCACAUGUCCUCUAUGCUUAUUGUUAUUGUUCAAUGUAUGGUUAUUUUGACCCUUGGUUAUUGUUGUUACUGUUCUCCCGUUGAGAAUAUUGUUUAUUAUUAUUAAUUAUGUUAAUAUUGUACAUCUCCAAAGUAAGCUUUGGCAAUAUGUACAUUGUUACGUCCUGCCAAUAAAGCAAAUUGAAUUGAAUUGACAGCUUGAGAUGGUGUGGAAGAGAGUGAAGAGAGAGAGUGUACAUGCACAGGUAACUGCCAAAAUAAAGGAAACACCAACAUGAAGUGUCUUAAUAGGGCAUUGGGCCACCACGAGCUGCCAGAACAGCUUCAAUGGCCUUGGCGUACUAUGCAUUCUACAAGUGUCUGGAUCUCUAUUGGAGGGAUGGGACAUAAUUCUUCCACAUUUAUACAUUACUCUAAACACUUCAGCUCUACUAUUCGCGCCGCUUUGCUUUUCCAUCAGCUUCCUGUCAAUGUGACGUUCUACCUGCUACACAGAGCGCGUUGUUUUGAGAGCGGAGAGGAGCACGGGGGAAGUGCAUGUUUAUUCUAUUUUCCCAGACUGUACUGUACCAUAUUCAUCGAUUAUGCGUUAGUACAAUAGCUUUGGUCCAGUUUUUCGCAAGUACUCAUUAAAUUGUUGCUAGUGGUUGUACUAAAUGAUCCUCAAAUUACACAAGUUGUUUUUGUUUACAUUGAGAACAUAGUCAAAGCUAGCUAGGUAGCUAGCUAGAGUUUCUGCUAUCUAGUAGCUUAUUGACUUCAUAAAUCUUAGUACAAUAACCAGUGGUGUAUAGUCGAGGCCAUAUGCAACCAAAAUCAACUUUAUUUCUCAUUAUUUCAAUUCACAAGAUAGAAUGAACGCGCGCGUCAGCCACCGACAAUUGAAACGACUCUCCCGAGUGGCGCAGUGGUCUAAGGCACUGCAUCGCAGUGCUAGCUGUGCCACUAGAGAUCCUGGUUCGUGUCCAGGCUCUGUCGCAGCCGGCCGCGACCGGGAGACCCAUGGGCGGCGCACAAUUGGUCCAGCGUCGUCCAAGGUAGGGGAGGGUUUGGCCGGCAGGGAUGUGGGUUCGUUUCCCACGGGGGGCCAGUAUUAUUUUUUUUAUAACAUGUAUGCAUUCACUAACUGUAAGUAGCUCUGGAUAAGAGCGUCUGCUAAAUGACUAAAAAUUUAAAAUGUAAAUUAUUCUUGAGCGUGGACGCUGCCAUUGGACGUGACGCAACGCGAGCGCAAAACGGGCAGUAUAGCAGUUUUCAUUGAUUUCAAAUGAAGCAUUUCCUCAAUGGCUGGCAAGGUCUUCUUCUUCGAUGAGGUUUAACGGCGGUUGGCAUCCAAUAAAUGUUGCAUUACCGCCACCUACUAGACUGGAGUACAACUCCCUUAUACUUUGCUUGAAAAAAUAACAAAAUACCCUACCCAUCUAACACUACACUCACAAAAAAUAUAAUAAUAAUAAUAAUAAUAAUAAAAUAACACCACCCUACUCCACUAUUUAAAUCUAUUUAGUCCUACCUCAGGCCAACAAACUUUAAGCAUCAGUUGUCAGAGCAGCUUACCGAUCACUGUACACAGCCCAUCUGUAAUUAGCCCACCCAACUACCUCAUAUUGUUAUUUACAUUGUUAUUUAUUUUGCUCAUUUGCACCCCAGUAUCUCUAUUUGCACAUCAUCUUCUGCACAUCUAUCACUCCAGUGUUAAUACUAAAUUGUAAUUAUUUUGCACUAUGGCCUAUUUAUUGCCUUACCUCCAUAACUUACUACAUUUGCACACACUGUAUAUAGAUUUUCUAUUGUGUUAUUGACUGUACGUUUUGUUCAUUCAUUUAACAUUUACGUCAUUUAGCAGACGCUCUUAUCCAGACCGACUUACAGGAGCAAUUAGGGUUAAGUGUCUUGCUCAAGGGCACAUCGACAGAUUUUUCACCUAGUCCGUUCAGGGAUUAGAACCAGCAACCUUUCGGUUACUGGCACAACGCUCCUAACCACUAAGCUACCUGCCGACCUAGCUUGCGAUUAUGGAAAUCGAAUUCAACAAUGCCAAUAAUGUUUUCAAUUGGACUUUUGCUUUCAAUGCAGCUCAAACAUAGAACAUGUAAGGAUGAACUAUAGCCAUUGAAUUCUACUGUGCUGAUAUACUGUGCGUUAUAAGGAAAUAAUGCACGCUCUAGAAUGCCCUUUAAGCCAAUCAGAAACAAGUUUAAUAAUGCCAUGGUAUAAGUGUGAUUAUUAGGCCUACUGACGGUCGAUACUGAUAGUGGCUAAUAUUUAACAUGAUAGAAAUAGGAAACAGAGAAAGUAGGGGUAGCCUAUAAUUAAGACAUUCGAGAGUGCCCAUCCCUGCAAGUUAAAAGGCCGUACAAAUUUACAUUUUGCAUAAUGGCACAGCAUUUCAUAAACUUUACUGUGGGAAAUUUGUAUCUGCUUCAGUUUGCUGCCAUAUUCAUGGUUUCCUUACGCGUAAAGGCGGUGGAAUUAUUAGGGGAUUAAGGUCAAGGUCAGAGAGAAAGGUACAUGAAAAGGGAAUUACGUUCCAUUUACGCAUGCUUAACUCGGUCGGAAUCAGCCCCCAUGUGAGAGCUGAAUGGAUGGGGAUGAUGUAGAAACCAGUCAAACGACUGACCAUAAGUCAGGUCAGUAUAUGGUGACAGACAGGAGUUCCUCUGGAGCCUGGGGUGGUUGGUUGGGUCCCAGAAGUGUGGUGGUGGUCUGGUGAGUAAAAAAGUCCCAAGGUAGAAACUGCAGUCUUAAACAUGUGCCAUACCUUAAAAUGUUGGAGAGGAAAAUACCCUCACACUCAUCAAUAUGAUGAGCAGCCAAGUCCCUAACCAAAAAAACUGGUACGGUUUUAACAUGGAUAGGUUGACGGGUUGGCAUCUCAAUCCGAGACAGCUAGUGGGGAUUUGAGCUGUCUACUCCUCCAGUUGUCUGUGACGAAAUGCCCCAUGACCUCAUAGGCUAAGCCCCUAUUUGGCUACUGCCAAAGGGAUCUUGUGUUCCUAGACACACACACACACACAGACACAGACAGACAAACACACUUCUUACUUUUUCCAUCUCAUAUCUAGGGCUGGGAAUUGCCAGGGACCUCACGAUACGAUAUUCUCACGAUACUUCGGUGCCAAUACAAUAUUUAUAGCGAUUCUCACAAUUUGACAUGUAUUGCUAUUCGAUACUGUGAUUAUGUUGUGUUUCGAUGCUCCAAGCAUAUUGCUCACCAUAUGUCUUCUGCAGAGGGACAAGAGAGAGCCAUGAGAAAACAAGUUUUGAUCAGCCAUGAAAAUAAAAGUACUGAAAACAAAUGUACUCCCUAUUUAAAAAGAAGAUGGAGAACAAGCUAUUAAGAAAAUAUACUGGAGUUUUGGUGCAGGUACAGCCAACUAGCUCAAAAAUAAUAUUGUGACAUUGUGAAAACGAUACCCCUCCCCCCCAGCACCUACUUAUGUCCUUCUAGGUAUGCUCAUUCGUCGGGUGGUGAAUGUGGCUCUGGGCGUUCCGAUUGGCUAUCUAAGUGUUCCUGUUGUACUGAACUUGCUGGCUCCAGACAGGUGAUGAACACAUCCUUCGACCCACUCCGCAUCGUCAACAACCUCCUUCAUCCUCCUUUUCCUUUCUCUCCAUCUCUCCUCUUGGAUCAGUCCUCUUCAUAACCCUAUAUCCAACAUUCUGUUCUAUUGUUCUCUACUCCUCUUCUUUGUAACGUUCUCUCUCUUUGACCCUCCCUCCCUCUGUGUGCAUUAUCACUAAGGAGCGGACUGAGGUGAUACUGCAAGGUACUUUGAGCGAGGACCAGAAGGACCCAGAUGCUGUGUGGGAGGACUACCAGUUCCUGUGUAAGCCAGGGGACCUGACCCGACUGCCCUGCCUUAUCUUCCCCUACCACUACAGACUCGACUGGCUCAUGUGGUUCGCCUGAGUGAGUCUGGCACUUAGCAGACCUUUAGAGUACACAGCUCUAACUUGACAUGCAAGAAUCAGGAAUUCUGUUUCUUUUAUUUACUGUUAGUUGGUUUUGUGGGAAAUUCAUGCCUUGGAUUUGUGUGUUCCCCAUCCCUGUCCAAAAUGCCACCAUAAAGAUGGCAGAAUUCAGAUAUGAUGUCAUUGUUCUAGCCCUGAGUUUGUCAACUACGGCACGCGACAUGGUUCAAUGUGCCAAUAAAUCAGUACAAUCUACAUUUUAGGUUUUUCAAAUUGCCGGCGCCUUGCAGCUAAAAUUAGAAUCAUGACGUAUACUGUGCUACUGACCAUACAAAAAAUUGUAACUGAGAGCAAUGCACAAUACGCGGAACUUAGCAAAACAAGGAAUUUGUGGUAAGUGCAGGGGGCCACAAUCUUUCUGCACCUCCGCUAUUGCCAACAAGUGGAGAUAAACAGGGCUGGAAGAUACUUACAGCAAAUAGACACUAGUCUCCCUCUAAUUUUAGUUCAGCCCAUUUAUGUACUGUAUUUCCCUUAUAAAAUACUAUUGAGUGCCUCAUUGGCUAACUCUGCUUCCCCAUAGUCUCAGUCUGGACCCAGACCUACCUGCUCUGAGUCAUUUCCUCUGUCAGGGCUAGCAGCCCACGCUAUUCUCAACGCUGUUAAACCUGCUUGCUACUAUCAGCUAUCUCAGGUGUAGUUCUGGCCAGAGACUUGAUCGUGUGGCACGCUGUUUUUAAUGUUCCCUUCUCAGGGCAUAGGGUUUCCUGCUGUUUUAAUCCAAUCCUAGAACCAAGAAAAUCCCAGUCAGACAUUUUGGCAAGAGGGGGAAGGUUUAUGAUGUCACACAUCAGCUCAAUAUUCGCCUAAUAGUUUGGAGGAGUAGACUGCUUUGGAUUGAGUUAUUUUAAGUGACAAUUGAUUUUACACUCACCUUUUCCACCCCUUUUCUCAAAAUUGUCCUCCCUCUUUCUCUAUCUGUCCCUCUGUUCUGCCCUGUAGCUCAGUUGGUAGAGCACGGCGCUUAAAACGCCAGGGUUGUGGGUUCGUUUCCCACGGGGGGCCAGUAUGAAAAUGUAUGCACUCACUAACUGUAAGUCGCUCUUGAUAAGCCGUUUGAUACGACGCGUGUGUUUCUGUGGUAGGCACAUUUCAUAUAAAAAUGGCCAGCUGUUGCCGUUGGAGACAGCUGCGUUGAAGGCCUAGCUGAUCUCAGCUGGGCUGUGCUGAGGCAGAAGUUGGAAGUGGAAGGAUGUGUGUGCGAGUGUCUGUGUUAUAAUACAUACAAGCCUCAUGUUCUCUUUGCAGAAACCCAAAUGCCUUAUCCUCUAGCCCCCUCUAGUGGAAUGUUUCCUCUAUAUAUGAAACGUGUCCUUGUAUUCUCUCUGUCAGUCAUACUAACCAUUCCUCUCCCUCCUUUUAUCCGGCUCCCUGCUUCCCCAGGUGGGUCCGAGGAGAACACUUCAAGUACAAGUUCAGCCCUCCUGGCAGUGCCGGUGCUGCCCGUGGAAAAUGGUGGGUGAGGAAACGUAUCGGAGCAUUCUUCCCCGCUGUGGACCUGGCCGCACUCAGGGGUUACUUUAAGUCCCAGAACUGGCUCCAUCCUGACCUUUGA